AUGGGAUUGUAUAUAUCGGAUGCCCUUCUUUUAUCAGAAGAAUACUCUUUAUCUGAUGAUAGACAAAUACUACAAAUUGGCGACGAGGAUUCCAAGAACUCAUGGAGAGGUAUAUUUCAUAAUUACAAAGCAAUCUCGCGUGAAACAAGACGUGUGAAUUUUCGAAUCAAAACAACAAAUUUUGUUGACUCUUACUGUGCGAAAGGAAACUUUGCUAGGCUGUCCUUUGUAAUUUCAAGCGAUAGUUAUACUUCCAUACCACCCUUUGACCCAAAUGGAGAACCGACUUCAGUUGGUCAACGAUGGACGAAAUGGCAGACCAGUCUUAAAUACUACAUACUAGCAAGUGGAGUUAGGGAUGAUGAAAGAAAGAGGGCAAUUUUACUCCACAUGAUUGGACCUAAAUGCCAGGAAAUAUUUGAAACUUUCUCUGAUCCUGGAACAACAUUUGAAGAAGCCCUCCAUAAAUUUGAUGAACAUUUUUCAGUCAAAAAGAACAUACCUUUCGAAAGGCAUAAAUUUCACCAAGCCUCACAACAAGUAGGGGAAAGUACGGAUCAAUUCAUUACCCGUCUACGACAACUUUCCUUAUAUUGUGAAUAUGGAUCAGAAACUGACAAUGAAAUCCGAGACAUGGUCAUAGCAAAAACAUCGAAUAUUAAAUUCCGCAAACGUUUACUUAUGGAAACUGAUUUGAAUCUCCAGAAAACACAGGACCUUGGACGACUUUUUGAAUCUGCAGAACACCAAAACAAAGAAAUAGCUAAUGGUAAACAAACACAACAUGACACUGAAGAAGAAAGCUCUGAACAAAUCAACAAACUACAUGGGCGUAGACCACCUCAUCGUAGCCAUAGGAAACACAAUGCACCACCACAUCGGAACAACCCAACCAAAUCAUUCAACAAACCAGAAUGUGGUCGCUGUGGUAUGAAGAACCACAAAAGUCAUGAAUGUCGGAGAUCAAGAGAUAAAACAUGUAACAAAUGUGGUAUUAAAGGACAUUUUGCAAAAAUGUGCCGCACCAAAAAUAAACAGCAAGUUCAUCAAACCAACCAUGAAAACUCUGAUGACGAAGAUGAGGAUAUCUACCUAUACAAGAUGAACACUACGAAGUCAAAUAACUUCCCCGUUCUACAACAUCCAGCUUGUACCUUCAAAGCUACAGUUGCAGCAAAUCACCAUAAAAUACUAGCAAAAUUCUACGUAAUACCUGGUCAAGGAGGCAAUUUACUUGGUCACAAAACAGCUGAGCAGCUAGAUCUAUUACGAAUUGGACCAGCUACAACACCCAUCAACUAUAGAACAUUCCAGUUAGGUAGCAGAAGUCUGUCAAAAGGCAUACCAGUAUCAACAGAACAAGUCCUCAACAAAAACAACAAGGUAUUCAAAGGAAUGGGAAAACUUAACAACUUCAAACAGAAACUCCAUAUUGAUCCAGAUGUCACCCCCAUCCAGCAACCAACUAGGAGACUGCCGUUUCACACCAGAAAGAAAGUUGAAGCAGAGCUCGAUAGACUGCUGAAAUUAGAUAUCAUUGAGCCAGUUAAUGGACCAACUUCGUGGGUUUCACCAAUUGUCGCAGUACCUAAGAAAAAUGGCAAAAUUAGAUUGUGUGUGGACAUGCGCAGAGCAAACACUGCCAUUAUCAGAGAGAAGCAUCCUAUUCCAAAACUGGAAGAAAUCCUACCAUUAUUAAAUGGAGCCACUGUCUUCUCAAAAAUUGACCUGCGAGAAGGCUACCAUCAAAUUGAGUUAGCCGAAGAAAGCAGAAACAUUACUGCCUUCAUUACCCAUAAAGGAAUUUUCAGAUACAAGCGUCUCAUAUAUGGUAUUUCAAGUGCCUUUGAACAUUUUCAGAAAAAUAUUGAAAUGGUAAUUGCUGAUUGUGAAGGGGCAAAGAACAUCUCUGAUGAUAUUUUUAUCUGGGGAAAAACACAAGCUGAGCAUGACCGCAAUCUCGAUAAGGUUCUUCGUAAUCUUUCUGAGAAUGGCCUGCGUGUCAACCCAGAAAAAUGUGAGUUUAGCAAGAAUAAAAUUUUAUUUAGUGGAUAUACUCUCACAACAGAUGGCAUAUCUCCAGACCCUUCCAAAGUCACUGCAGUCAACAAAUUCAAAACACCAACAACAUCGACAGAAGUCAGAUCCUUUCUUGGUCUAGUAAAUUAUUGCAGUCAGUUCAUCAAAGACUACAGUACAUUAUCAGCUCCACUGAGGAAACUCACCAAGAAAAAUACACCAUUCAUAUGGACAGAUCUUGAACAGAAAUCAUUUGAUUUACUCAAAGAAAAACUUUGCACUUCUGAAACUAUGGCAUUUUACAAUCCUGAGGCGGAAACAGACAUAAUUGUUGAUGCAAGUCCGUAUGGUCUUGGUGCCAUACUUACACAGAAACAGAAAGAUGGAAACUUCAAGCCGGUAGCAUAUGGAAGUAGAGCAUUAACACCUGUUGAACAGAGAUACUCACAAACAGAACGAGAAGCUCUUGCAGUUGCCUUUGGCUGCACACACUUCCACUUUUUCAUAUAUGACCGUGACUUCGAUAUCACCACUGAUCACAAGAGUCUUUUGCACGUAAUGUCACCAACUUCCACAUCUCCACCACCGAGGAUCCAGAGAUGGCUUCUUCGCAUACAAGGGUAUAACUACAAAUUAAAAUACAUUUCUGGUGCCAAAAAUGCUGCUGACAUACUAUCAAGAGACCCUGUUUGUACAGACAGUGAAGGAGAAACUGACGACUCAAUUGAAUCCUUUAUCAACUUUACAGCAGCAGAAGCAGUACCUAAAAGCUGCAAUAUCGAAGAGAUACAAGAUGAAACUGCAAAAGACAUCAUUCUUCAAAAAGUCACCAAAGCCAUUAACUCGAAGGCCUGGCCAAAAGAUUCUGCUUUGAAUCCAUACAGACAUGCAAAGCAUGAGUUAUCCUUUGUGAAUAACAUUUUACUCAAAGGACAACGAAUUGUCAUCCCAAGCACUCUACAACAGAAAAUGUUGCAGAUAGCACAUGCUACGCAUCAAGGAACAACCAAAACUAAACUACUAUUACGUGAAAAAGUUUGGUGGCCGCUGAUGAACAAACAAAUCGAAGAUCUAACACUUACCUGUCAUGCCUGCCAAGUAACUGCACCCUCCACCACCAGGCAUGAACCGUCACAACCAACAGAAAUUCCCAAACAACCUUGGAACACUAUUGCAAUGGACAUUCAAGGCCCUUAUCCCUCUGGUGACAACCUGUUAGUUUUGAUUGAUUACAGAUCCAGAUACCCAAUAGUUUCUUCUAUCAAGAACACUGGUGUGCAAAACAUAAUAAAUGUUAUGAAGCGAACCUUUAGUAUUUUUGGUUAUCCAAAAACAAUUGUAACUGACAAUGGUUCACAAUUCACGUCCUUCAAAUUCAGCCGAUACCUUCAACAACAUGGUAUAAAACACCGGCGUACAACUCCAUACUGGCCACAAGCUAAUGGUGAGGUUGAGAGAUUUAACCGCACAUUGAAGCGACACAAUCAAACUGCUGUCAUCACUGGAAAGGAUUGGCGUAAAACUCUUGACACAUUCCUUUUGAGUUACCGAACCACACCUCAUACCGUAACUAAAGUUCCACCUGCAACACUGAUGUUCGGUAGACCGCUAACGAAUGAUCUUCCUGACGUUAGUCAACUUGUGAAAAGCAACAGUGAAUUGGAUAUAGAAGUAAACAAGAAUGAUGAAAAGCACAAACAGAAAUCCAAGGAAAACACCGACCAGAACCGCAAGGCAAAAACUGUCACUUUUGAAGUCGGACAAAAGGUAUUGUUGAAAAAUCUUACCGACAACAAAAACAAACUUUCACCGCCCUGGUUAAAGGAAGUCUUCACCAUCAUUAAAGUAUACAAACGAAGCAUCAUGGUUCGAAACAAGGAAGGAAAAACGUUUCUACGAGCAAACGGACACGCGAAACUGUAUAGAUCUGCGAAGGGUAAGCAAUCGAGUGUUUCUAACGCGCGAAACAGGGCAGACCCUUGUACCUGCUCAAGCAAUGCGAAUUUUGAUGAGAACCAACAAUCUAAACCGAAUGAUGGCCAUAACAAAGAAGAAGAUCUAUACGAAAAGAAAAACCACAAGAACGGUGCAAAAACCUACCCGAAACGACAAAGAAAAACUACAGAGCGUUACGUCAUCAUCAAUCCGAAGCGCAAGAAGAAGACUUAG